CCUCCUCCUCUCUGCCUGCCAGUAGACCCUCUCAGGCCGCGUAGGGGAGCAUUCAUACCCCGCUGUCGGCGUUUAGCGGAUGGGGCUCUCAGCUUGAGCCGGAGGGAGGAGGAGGAGGAGAAAGAUGAACGGUAACCCGUGUGCCCGCAGGCUGGCCCGGCGCUCCAGGUCCGCCCUGCUGCUCGCCGCUCUGGCCGUCCUGCUGGUCCAGACUCUCAUCGUGUGGAACUUCAGCAGCCUGGACUCUGCUGGCGGGGACGGGGGCGCCAGGAGCCGGGAGAAGAGAGAAGACCGAGCCGGGGGGCUCAACAAAGCCGACAGGGAGCACCCGCGGAGGGGGCUGCAGAAGAAGGGCGACCCGCCGCCGCUGCUCGGAAAGGCGGCCGUUCGGCACAAGCUGCAGGCGGACGUCUACCAUUCCCACCGCCCCAAAGAGAAACUUCGCCUGGACAGCAACAAUAAUGAGAACUCGGUUCCCAAAGACUUUGACUCCAUCGACAGCAACAGCAACCUGGGUGCACAGUCCCAACGCCAGCGAGCGCCGGUCGGAAACGGCAAACGGAAGCUGGACAAGGCCCAGGUACAGAGCAUGCUGGGAAAAACUGCUAACGAGGUCCUCAAGUUCCCUCCCGUCCAACCCAGAGGGAUCGGCCAGAGUCACAACCACACCCACGUCCAUAAACCCCACCCUCAGGCGCCGACUGUCCCGGGACUGGUCCAGGGGUCCAAUCAGGAUCCACCGUUCUACCUGUCGAAAAAGUCGGCCAGCCUGGAGCCGAGGAAGGAGCAGGUGCAGUGUGAGAUCAGCGGGAAGGAAGCCAUUUCUGCUCUGUCCAGGGCCAAGAGCCGGGAGUGUCGGCAGCAGAUAGUGGAGGUCUACUGUAAGCACAAGGCGCGAGCGCUGAUGCCCGAGAAGGUGCCUCGCUACUGCCCCAUGGAAGGUAAGGCUAACGUGAACGUACAGUGGGAUGAGAACCCCACAGGCGCUGCCCAGCUGGUGCCGGUGCGGAUCGCCUUCGUCCUGGUCGUCCACGGCCGAGCGUCGCGUCAGUUCCGGCGUCUCUUCAAAGCCAUCUACCACACCUCGCACUACUACUACGUCCAUGUAGACCAGAGGUCCAACUACCUCCACAGAGAGGUCCUGUCUCUGGCCAGCCAAUAUCCAAAUGUCCGGGUCACUCCUUGGCGGAUGGCCACCAUCUGGGGCGGAGCCAGCCUGUUGACCAUGUACCUACGCAGCAUGGAGGAUCUCCUCAAAAUGGCCGACUGGUCUUGGGACUUCUUCAUCAACCUGAGUGCUGCCGACUACCCCAUCAGGACCAAUGAACAGCUGGUGACUUUCCUGUCAAAGUACCGCAACAUGAACUUCAUCAAAUCUCACGGCAGAGACAACGCACGUUUCAUCCGUAAACAGGGUCUGGACCGUCUCUUCUUCGAGUGUGACACACACAUGUGGCGUCUUGGGGACCGCAAGAUCCCAGAAGGCAUUGCAGUGGACGGUGGCUCUGAUUGGUUCCUGCUCAACCGGCCCUUUGUGGAUUAUGUGGUCAACUCCAGGGACGAGCUGGUCAGCAGCAUGAAGCGCUUCUACGCCUACACACUGCUGCCUGCUGAGUCAUUUUUCCACACCGUGCUGGAGAACAGCGCACACUGUGAGACCAUGGUGGACAACAACCUGAGGCUCACCAACUGGAACCGCAAACUGGGGUGUAAAUGCCAGUAUAAGCACAUCGUGGACUGGUGUGGCUGCUCACCCAACGACUUCAAGCCUUCGGAUCUGCCGCGAUUCCAGCAAGCGUCCAGACCCACCUUCUUUGCCAGGAAGUUUGAGGCCAGUGUCAGUCAGGAGAUCAUCAGCCAGCUGGACUCCUACCUGUUUGGAUCGUAUGCCUCGGGCACCCCAGGCCUCCAGGCCUACUGGGAAAACAUCUAUGAGCAGGACUCGGACGGGCCUGCCAGCCUGUCAGACUCAGCACUCAGCCACUAUCACGCCUUCGCUCGCAUGGGAUUAUCCCGCGCUGCCAGCUCACUGCAGGGUCACCCCAACGACAACAGCUGCAGGUACAUGUCCAUGAGCCACCCAGUGUCAGUCCACCUCUACUUCCUGUCAGACCAGUUCCAGGGCUACCUUGUGCGUCAUGUGGCCACAAACCGAGCCUCAACCCAGCUGGAGAGCCUGGAGACCUGGGUGACACCCAGAGACCACUUCACCCUGGCCAGCCCCCCCAGUCCCACCAACAGGCUGCAGCACGUCCAGGUGGGAACGGACUGGGAUCCUAAGGAGCGUCUCUUCAGGAACUGGGGGUGUCUGCUGGGGCCAGAGGACGAGCCGGUGGCCGUGCAGCGCUGGAGCCGGGGCCAGAGCAACCUGACAGCCACCGUGGUGUGGAUCGACCCCACCAACGUCAUCGCUGCCACAUACGACAUCCUGGUGGACGCGUCCGCUGAAGUCACCCACUACCGACCGCCACUCACCCCGCCACUGAGGCCCGGCUUGUGGACACUGCGGGUGCUGCACCACUGGAGCCCGCUGGGCCAGACCAGUUUCGUCGUGGCUCCGCUGGAGUUUCAUCGACAGCAGCCCAUACAGCAGGACGACGCUCUGCGGCUGCAUGGAGGCCCAGCCAGGAACUCCUACAUGGAGCAGAGCUUCCAUGGCCUGAACCCAGUGCUGCGGCUGCCGGUGAGCCUGGGGGCCGUGGAGGAGGCCGAGGCCAACUCUGGUCUGACGGGUGCGCCGUUGCGUCACUGGCUGGACCGGCUCCUGGAAGGCCACUGGUCCGCCUCAGACGUCUGCUCGAUGGGCCCCAGCGCCUGUCCCGUCAUGCAGCGAUGCCGCCACACUGUCUGGAGCUCUGCUAGCCCUGACCCGAAAUCUGAAGUGACCCCGCCCAGAGAGGACGGACGGAUCAGGUAGCAGACGGACGAACUGAGAGACCUGUGAAGGAAGCAGAGGAACAAAUGAAGGAAGGCAAAGGGCUGAAACCCUUUUAGUAUCAUAUUUAUUUAUUUAAAGUUUGUGAAUGAUGGCGAGGUGGUGGUGAAAGAAAAGACGAGGAACAGACGCUGAGGAAAAAACUCUCCUUCAGUCCUCAUCCAGUCUGCUGCUCUCCAAGGAUAAAAGGGACUACAAAGCUGUGUGUGUGUGUGUGUGUGUGUGUGUGUGUGUGUGUGUGUGUGUGUGUGUGUGUGCGUGUGCGUGUGUGUGUGUGUGUGUGAGAGAAAGAGAGAGAGAGUGUAUGUUGGUAGUGUGUCAGAUGAACGGUAUACCUCUUGUUGUGUGAGUGUAUUUUACAUGUUAAGCUGAAACUGAGGGUUAAUAAUGUUAGAUUAUUUCCUCAAUUGACUAUUUUUUGCACACAUACAGAUUUUAUUCCUUCAGUUUGGUUAUUUUAGCUCUAAAUUAAUUAACUAAUAACUUUAAAAGUACAAUAUUUGCCUCCAUACUUGUACCUCAGAGUUUUCCUUUGCCCAUUCAUAACGACUGACUCUGUGUGUGUGUGUGUGUUCUUGUUUUCGUUGUGUGCCACGUCUGAAUCCUUCAGAACGCCUGAGACUUGAAGUGUGAACAGAUUCAGCUCCCAUCUCGUCUUUCACUUGUUUAUUUGCAGUUUGCUGUAGAAACUGAUGUGACUGUGUCAAAACUCACUAAUUUAUUCAGAGGUUUACAAAAACAACUUAGAUUUUUUUUUUUUAAUUCAGUGACUUAAUAUUUGAAAUGCAGAUAUUUGGCAGAGGAGUCGGCCUCGGUCAGUUUUGAAUGAAUCUCAGCAGCGGUUAACAGCCUCCUCUCCUCUCUGCUCUCAUUUCAAACUACUUUACAGAGUUUAAUACAACCACAGUGCUAAUACUGUGUGUACAUGUGAGUAAUACUCACUCGAGUUUAUAUCAAAAAUUGAGAAAAGCAGCAAAUUAAUAUAGUAGCAGGUGAGGAGAGGAGAGGAGAGGAGGAGGACGUUUAGAUGCACCUUUAGCUUUCCAAGCUGCUCAGUGAUGGAUAUCGUGCCAAGACAUCAGUUUUAUAUUUAUACAGAGUCUGGUUGGACCAUAAAAGUUACCUGUGUGGUUUUUUUUUGGCCCCUAAUGCAAAACCAUCAGUUUGCAAUGAAGCAACUAGAGAGGUCGAUGGAAACAAAGCAGGUUUUGGAUUUUCUUUGUUUGUUUUUUUUUAAAGGCUUUGCUGAUGUUUUUACUAAAAAUAUUUGUUGAAUCAAUGUUUGCCAUAAAGUUUUAAUGAGAAACAACCAAACUCACAGUGGCCUCUCCACAGGGCACCUUCAUGUCCACAAUCACAAACUAGAUUUAGUUUCCCAAACCAGAGGUAACAUGCUAAUCAGUGAGGUUUAGAGAUUAUGGGAGGAUGACUGUCACCUCUGGACAGAGCCAGGUGUUAGAUGUUUCUGACCGUUCCAGGUCUUUAUGCUAAGCUAAGUUUUCAGAUUCAGAUUCAGAGACGUGAUAAAGUAGCUCUCAGAAUGUAGAACUGCAGGUUAGCCCGACCCUACACAGAUGCUGCUCGUAUCUUAGGAUUAAAGACAGUGUUGGAGAAAAAAAAAAUUCAGUUGGUUGCUACCUGUAACUUCACCACUAGAUGUCACUAAACCCUACACACUGGUCCUUUAAACUGAACUGUAAUCUCAGUUAACAAAUCCAAAUCCCUGGUGGCACAAUCCAAAUUUAUAGUGUUCAUUACUAUAAAAACUGAUAUUUGAUAUUUUUUAGAUGAAUGAUUCCAGUGUGUGUAGUUACCACAUACAAUAAUAAUCCUGGGACCAAACCUGGAGACUGGUGGAGGGUAAAGCUCACUAUGAACAGUCAGCGCUUACAGGUCACGUCAGAUUUAUCCUGGAAAAGGUCGUGAUGUCACUGAAAAAAAUUUAGGAAAAAAUGACAAAUUCAGCUUUUAUUUAUUUUCUGUUCCUGCUCAAGGUGAAUAGAAUUUAUUUGAAAUGUAAGAGACAUUUUAUGUUCAAUGUGUAUUUUUCCAAUGACAAGUGACUCUCUGUGAAUCUAUAUCAGUAUUUUGUAAAAUUGAUGAUGUACAGGUUUAAGCUAAUGGACAGUAAGGUCCAGGUCUUUGGACCCAGAGCUGUGACGGUGCCACACACAUUUCGAUGGAGUGAAAACGUUGUUCAGAUGUCGAUAAAGUUUUCAGAUGCUGGAGGGAAAUCUCAGCUGAGAGGUUUGUUCCUCUCAUGCUCGUUAUUUUGCCUCAUGUUUGUUUCUUUUCUACCCAGUAGCAACCUGUUGUUGUUUGUUUAGGCUUUUGUUUUCUCAGUGCCAUCUCUCUGUCUUAUUUGUUUUCUGCUUGCUUUUUCCAUGGUUCUCUCUCUGGGGGUAGUGUUGUGCCUUAGCUGUGCUCCUGUUUUAGGAAACCGUCUCUGAAAACAUCAAAACUGGCUCAAAUGUCCAAAAACCAAAAAAAGAAAGAAAUGUUGUGAAUGCCUUAUAAACGACUGUAGGUGUUUUGAAGUACAAUUUUGGAAAUAAAACAGAAUCUCCCUUUA